AGCGCACAAGAAAACAAUGGGAAAGGACAUCCACCGGGGUCGGAUGUGUGAAAAUUGUCAAUCUUGAUACCAUCAGAGGAAGACUUCAGUCUACAUAUAUCCGCCAACAACAGACAAAGGAGUAGGGGAAUGUAUUCAGUAAUACGUGUGUUCAGGGAGGUAGAAGUUCUCUUGGCUGUCGAGUAUGAGCCUGACCGACUAUACUGCCGCUAGCCAGAUUUCUUUAUGUGAUCAAUGCUCGAGAAAAGCUACCUUGGAACUGCCUUGACAGUCAACAUCAGUUUUCCCCCUCAGAGGAAGCAAAAAGGAAGUUCUGGCACAUAUGCCAACACCAGGUUGUGUCAACCCUGACAACCCUUAACAUGCCCAACACCUACUGCUAUACACCAGAUAUAUCCGACUGGCUUUUAGGCCUAAAGAGCUGGCCCAAGAGACAUGGAGUCACCAGGUCCACCACCCCCUGCUGCCACUGUAAUACACUCACACACACACACACACACACACACACACACACACACACACACACUGGGAAAGAAAAAGGCCUGGCUUCGCCAACAGUGUGGAGAGUGUAACAAAGAUGCUACGGUUGUUGAAAGAAAACCCCAGAGUGACCCUCCCUCAGAACCUGUAAUAUCCUCCUGCUUCACACUGCUCCACCAACUCCACCAUGCCAACCGCAGGGCUCUGUCGCACUCUGCAGGCCUCUGGGUCUCCCUUCUGGACCAUUCUGCUGCUGUUCUUGGACAUGGUGACCCCAGGGGUCCUGGCCAGCCCCCGGUUCCCUCCGUCAGCCAAGCGGGAAAUCACCAUUGACGGUGACGUGGUGAUUGGAGGCUUGUUUCCGGUGCAUGAAAAGGGAGAGGGAGUGGAGGACUGCGGUAAAAUCAAUGAGCAGAGGGGCAUCCAGAGACUGGAGGCCAUGUUGCUGGCACUGGAUGAGAUCAACUCCAACGAUCGUCUCCUCCCCGGACUCAAACUAGGGGCCCAUAUCCUGGACACCUGCUCCAAGGACACCUACGCCCUGGAGCAGUCCCUAGAGUUUGUGAGAGCCUCUCUCACCAAGGUGCACGAGCCAGGCUUCAUCUGCCCUGAUGGCUCCAACCCCAUUCAGGAUGACGUGCCCCUUGCCAUCUCUGGAGUCAUCGGGGGCUCCUACAGUGACGUGUCCAUUCAGGUGGCUAACCUGCUCCGGCUCUUCCAGAUCCCUCAGAUCAGCUACGCCUCCACCAGCGCCAAGCUGAGCGACAAGACCCGCUACGACUACUUCGCCCGCACCGUCCCCCCGGACUUCUACCAGGCCAAGGCCAUGGCGGAGAUCCUGCGCUACUUCAACUGGACCUACGUGUCCACCGUGGCCUCGGAGGGCGACUACGGCGAGACAGGCAUCGAUGCUUUCCAGCAGGAAGCCCGUGCGCGCCAAAUCUGCAUCGCCACUUCGGCCAAGGUCAGCCGCUCCAUGAGCCGUGUGAGCUACGACAACGUGAUCCGCUCGCUGCAGCAGAAGUCUAACGCCAAGGUGGUCAUCCUGUUCACCCGCAGCGAAGACGCCAGGGAGCUGCUGGUUGCGGCCACUCGCAUGAACGUCAGUUUCACCUGGGUGGCCAGCGAUGGCUGGGGAGCCCAGGAGAGCGUGGUGAGGGGCAGUGAAGCCGCAGCAGACGGAGCCUUUACCAUCGAGCUGGCCUCGUACUCCAUCAGGGAGUUUGAAGAUUAUUUCACCAAGCUAAACCCAUACACCAACCGGCGUAACCCCUGGUUUGAGGAGUUCUGGGAGCACCGCUUUGCCUGCAACCUCAGCGAGGCACACUGCACUGAACACAGCCUGAGGGACGGCUCCUUUGAACCAGAGUCCAAGAUCAUGUUUGUGGUGAAUGCUGUCUAUGCCAUGGCCCAUGCCCUGCACAACAUGAGACAGGCUGUUUGCCCCAACUCCACCAAAAUAUGUGACGCUAUGAAACCAGGAAACGGAAGGAGGUUCUACAGGGAAUUUAUCAUCAAAACCAAAUUUGAUGCGCCCUUUAGACCGGCGGACACCGAGAAUAUGGUGCGCUUCGACAGCUACGGUGACAGCCUUGGCCGCUACAACAUCUUCCACUAUCACAAAGAGGAUGAGCGCUUUGUCUACAAGAAGGUGGGCUACUGGUCCCAGGACCUGACCCUCAAUACCAAUCUAGUGUCCUGGAAAGGCCAGGGCCCCCCCACCUCCCAGUGCAGCGACCCCUGUAGGAAGAACGAGGUGAAGAGCAUGCAGCCUGGAGACGUGUGCUGCUGGAUCUGCAUCCCCUGCCAGCCCUACCAGUACCUGCUGGACGAGUUUACCUGUGCUGACUGCAGCUUCGGUGAGUGGCCCCUGGCCAACCUGACGGGCUGCUACGACCUACCGGAGGAGUACAUCCGCUGGGAGGACGCCUGGGCUAUCGGGCCGGUCACUAUCUCCUGCCUGGGCAUGCUCUGCACGCUCUCCGUGGUGGGCCUGUUCGUCAAGAACAAUGAGACCCCCGUGGUGAAGGCCAGCGGGCGCGAGCUCUCCUACAUCCUGCUGCUGGGCGUGCUCAUGUGCUACAGCAUGACCUUCAUCUACAUCGCCAAGCCGUCCAUGGCCGUGUGCACGCUGCGCCGCCUGGGCCUGGGCACCUCCUUCGCCGUGUGCUACUCUGCUCUCCUCACCAAGACCAACCGCAUCGCCCGCAUCUUCAGCGGGGUGAAGGACGGCGCCCAGCGGCCCAGGCUCAUCAGCCCCGCCUCCCAGGUGGCCAUCUGCGGGGUGCUGAUCUCCUGCCAGCUGCUGGUGGCUGUGGUGUGGCUCCUGGUGGAGCUUCCGGGGGUCAGAAAGGAGGUGAGCCCCGAGAGGAGGGACGUGGUCACGCUCAAGUGCAACAGCAAGGACUCCAGCAUGCUGCUGUCGCUCACCUACAACUGCAUCCUCAUCAUCCUCUGCACCGUCUACGCCUUCAAGACCAGGAAGUGUCCGGAGAACUUCAACGAGGCCAAGUUCAUCGGGUUCACCAUGUACACCACCUGCAUCAUCUGGCUGGCCUUCCAGCCCAUCUUCUACGUGACCGCCAGCGACUACAGGGUGCAGACCACCACCAUGUGCAUCUCCGUCAGUCUGAGUGGCUCCGUGGUCCUGGGCUGUCUCUUCGCACCCAAAGUCCACAUCAUCCUGUUCCAACCCCAGAAGAACGUCACCACGCUCAGGGGCACAGCCAACCGCUUUGGGACCACGGUGUCCGCGUCAGCAUGUGCGUCUGCGCCUGGCUCCAGCUACUCCAAAGGCAGUUCCUCCAACAUCCCCAUACAAGGCUCGGCCUCUAGUUACGUGCCAGCCGUGUGUAACGGACGUGAGGUGGUGGACUCCACGACGUCUUCAUUGUGAAGAAGAUUGAUCUGAAAUGGUUCCUCCUCAAGCACAAGCCACUACUCCGUCAUCAAUCACCCCCUCAUGGAGUCGGACUGAUGAUGACACAGCACCCAUGGCUGGUGUGACAUGGGUGCCUCUGACUGUGAAAUCUGAUAUGUGAGACUAUAAGUAAUGUAUGUACUGUAAACAUUUUUGUAUAGAUUUAACUGGCCGUGGUGUCCUUGAUUUCCAGAUAGACGUGGUUGAAUGCACUGCACAUUUUUUUGUGUCUGUUUCUGUCAGAGAAGUCUUGUGAAUGAGAUGGUUGUGACCCAAUCAUGAUGUCUUACAAAAUGAUGUUAUCCUGUUCUUACAGUGCUGUGAAUAUGAUAUCCAGAUGUUUAUUUCCUGUAACUAAUUCACAAUAAUGUCUAAAUGAAAUUGACCUUUUCAAAAUUAAAUGACAUAAGCUAAACUGUAGUGAGAGUAAAUAAAACCUAGACGACUACACAAUAUAAAGGACAAUGUUUCAACGUAGAAUUUGGUGAACCAGUUUGUGCGUUUUUGUAAUUUAUGUAAAUAAAAUGGUUUUCUUUUUUAAU